AUGGCGGAUUUCGAGGCAUCAAACAGGACGCCUUUAUCUCACAGUAGGCGUCAUUCGAGAAGGUCAACAGGAAACAUCAAUUUCAGUCAUUUGUCGUUAUCACCACUCACAUCGGCCUCCAUAACAGAGCGGGAUUUCAAGAAAAAAAGUGAAACGAGAAGGCCUGGUUCUUAUAUUCAGGGACUUUCGGCACCAACGACUCCCGGAAUUCUCUCUAGAAACCAGUCCUUCACCUCGCAACGUAGUUUCCACACCGAACUUCCCAAAUCCAAAUCAUCCUCCCAUCUAACGAGUUCACAUUCUACAUCUAAUCAGUGGCUGCAGAGGACUGGUGCAGCGCUCACGUCUGAAACACGCGAAAGCAAAGGUCAGAGUUGGUUAACUAGCCGUGCUAGUUCAACCAGCCUUGUCAGGGAAGGGGAAGACGACGAUGGUAGCAUAUACUAUGGUGCCGAUGACGAGUUCUCGCCUCUCUCACCAAGGCGCCGGCUGUCGAGGAAUUUUAGCGGCGAAUUCUAUACGAAUGGAUUGGAGGCACUUGAGGAAGGCUUUAGUCCAACACGGGGAGAUAAUUGCCAUGAAGGAGAGGAAGAGGAAUGGAAGAAUCGGAUGGAGGACGAAGGGAAGGAAUAUGUUGAUAUUCCCAGAGGGUUUGGAGUUGGACAAUUUGUGGAUCGACUGAUUGGGUGGUCGGUAUUUGCUGACGAUGAUACCGAUUCCGACGAAUCUUUGGAUGGAUAUGAAGAGGAACGUGUGUGUGUAAAGGGUAAAAAAGAACGGGGGAGAGUUGAGACGCCCGGUGAUCGGAGCGUGCGAGAGCAGCAACGGCGACUGAGGGAUGAAGGUGAAGGAUGGCAGGAUCCCGGGUGGGUUUUUGAUAUUGUGUCACAGAUUUUUCUUUGA